AAACGUGGUGUCGAAAAUAUGCAUAUAUAAAUACAUUUACACUGAUUUACAAUAUCGCUCCUAAGAGAAUUUUUUGUAAUAAUUUGACUAUUUUCGGAAAUAUCUGACAAAUUUGAGCAUUCACUAGAAAUUUACACAUCUAAACCAAUAUGGCAUCCAGCGAAAAUAAUAGUGAUGAAGGAGGAACUGUAGCUGACUAUGACCAUAUGAUUCAAAUCGAAUAUUUAAAGGAAAAAUAUCGAGACGUCAUAUCACAGCUUAAAACUGUAUCCAAUGAAAAAGAAAGGUUGGAAAGAGACUAUCAGCUUAUUAAAAAAGAAUUGGAAUCCGGUAAAGGAGAUUUCUUCAACACAUAUCAUGAGUACAAUAUGCUGAAGCAAAAAUAUGACAAUCUGCGUUUGCGCUACGAUGAAUUCGUGAAUGAUCCUACCCACUGUAUUAAACUAUGUGAGGAGUUGAAAAAAGAACGCAAUAAAUUCAAAGAACUGUUGAAAGCGACAGAGCUUGAAGUGGAAACCGUGCUAUCUGAACGAGGCACUGUUCUUAAGGAAAAUCAAAAACUCUACGACAAAAAUGAAUGCCUGGAACGUGAGUUACAAACUGCUCUACGAUGCCGUGACGAAUCGUUAAAAGAUUGCGCAGCCCUGCAAGAAAAAAUUGAAAUCAUAAAAAAUAGAAGCGAAUUCCACACUAAUGAGAAUACCUGGAAACGCGAGCGCACCGAAAGUAAAGACAAGUUUGAUAUCGUUUCGGAAAAUUUGGAAUCGGCUAGCAGAGAAAUUGAAAGGUUGAAGAAAGCUUUGGAUAAAGCAAAAGCUGAAAUAGUGAAAGCUGUUCAGGAAACUGAAAUUGCAAAAGGCCGUAGGGAUUGGGCGAUUUCUGAAAGAGAGAAAAUAGUUCAGGAAAGGGACAGCGUUCGUAAUCUUUGCGAUGAAAUCCGGAAAGAGCGAGAUACGGCCACGUCAAAACUGUUAGCAGCUAUAAGAGACAAAGAUGAGGCGUAUAAAGAAAUAGAACAACUCACGGAGCGACUGGAAUCGCAAACCAUGUUGAAAGAUAACUUAAAUAACAACAGCAAUGCAACUGGCGAGUUGUGCAACGAUUCCUUGGAAGAUACUUGCAGAAAUCCACAUUACAGUGCAUUCAGUUUGGAUUCAAUAUACGAUCUGGAUACACUUCAGCAGUAUGAAACGAAGGUUAUUGAAAUUGAUUCAUCGUUACUCGAAGACAAUGUUUCGGACUGGGGACUAACGAUCAGAGAGAAUAUCGAAGAGUAUAAUGAUAAUAACGUUGGCACUCGCAUAACAGGACCAUACGUGGUGUCUAUUGAGCAUGACUCUUUGUUUUCCGGACGAUUAAUGCCGAAUGAUAUUAUAUAUCAAAUUAACGGUAUUGACUGUGUACAAUUUUCGAAAAGAAAAUUAUUUAAAGCUAUAAAGUGCAGCCUUCCAGCAUGCAUAAUGACAAUAAAGCGACCAGUGAAACGACUUCUUCCAAUCCAAGUUAAUUUUGUAAAUGGAAACAAAAACCAUGGACUGCAUUUAGAAACAGGAAUAUACAUCUCCAAAAUUGAAUCUAAUUCGCUAGCGGCGAGUGAUGGCAGAUUGUGUGCCGGUGAUCGAAUCAUUUCAAUCAACGGGAAACCUACCAAUAGAAUGAAGAAUGUCAACGAAAUUAAUACAAUAAUCAAUGACAUGCGAAACAAUUGUCUAAGUCUGAUAGUUGCAAAAGAUCUGAUAGACUUUUCGUUUGAUAUGAGAUUUUUCGCCUCAAAAACUAAACUUUUACACAGUACAACUAGUUGCACACAAACAGAAAAUCUUAUGGAAAGCUUGGAAACCGCUCACAGAGAUACCGUAAACCGACUUAGUUUGGACUUGGAUAAUAAUAACCAUUUUCUACCAUCUGCAAUGCCCUUCAGUAUUCCAACUACAGCAAGUACUCCAAAUUCUAUAAUAGCAAGUACACCUUCGUCGUCCAAGUCUGCAUCGAAAUUAACAGGGAUGUUGCAAAAGCUGAAAGAUAAAAUGAGCAUAAGUAAUCAUAAAGAUUGUCAGGAAAACGAUGCAAUCGCUGCCCUUGACUCGGUUCUUGACAGUGAUGACCAAGAAACCAGUGUCCCAAUGUUUGCAAAAUCCCGCGAUAAAAAAUCUAGAAGAAAAUCAAAAGACACACAAGAAGUUCCCCGGGGAACCUGGCCACGAGUCACAAUGACAGUUCAUACAAACGACAAUCACGUUGGUACGGUUUUACAUCGGCCAAAAAGAGAUCGUCCAAAGCUGAGUAUUCCAUUGGAUAAAACAGAUAACAGUAACUAUUUCAAUGUCGUGUUACCAACGAAUGAGUGUAACCCUAAAUCACCUCAGUCCAUGCCAAGUGGGCAAGCUAUUAACGUUCCCGUUGGUGUCAAGAAACGAAAUUCCAACCCUGUCGGCAAUCAUGACACAAGCCGAAUGCUGCAAUCAUCGAAAUAUGGAUAUGACUUUAAUGUUUCAAAGCCUAGCAAAUCGUCACAUUCAAGAGCAUCGACCUAUGAUACUCACAAUAAUAGUCAUAUAAUCAAUAUUAACCGACAUAGUUUAAAUCUUUCAUCGCUCAACAAACAACAGUUGCAACACCAGCAUACACAACAUCUAAAUUCGACUGAUUUCAUGCCUAGGAAAAGCAAUAAUUCGAUUGAUUCUACAAUACUGCCUUCCAAAAGUCCAACCAGCUAUACGUUCAACAAUAAGACGCCCUUAAAAGAUCCACUGGACUGCUACAUGUCAACUAAAAUCUCAAAGCAUUUGUCCAAAUAUUCCAGCGACACCGAUAGUAUUGAUAUUGAGAAUGUAUCACUGACUAUGGCGGGUCAUACGCAUACACUACCUCAUUCUCACUCACGAAAGCAGUCAAUCAGUAAUGCUAGCAACUCAUCUUCGUCGAACAGGACUGCUCCUACAACUGGGACCAGUGGUAUAAACUUUCCCAUGGGGUAUAACUCAUCAGGAUAUUCAACAAUUUUACCGUUUCAACCAAAUGCAUGCUCCCAUCCAUUAGCUGCUAUGCGGCCCUCUGGCAAUAUGGCACCAUCUGCAGAAUUUACAAAUUUACCACCAACUUCGCAUCAUUCUCAUGGAUCGUCUAUCGAUUAUCCAUUCAAUCGGUACAGUCAAAUUCAGUCUUCAAAAGAAGAAGUUCCUUCCGGAUUAAUAGGACAUAGUUAUGAAGGGGGAACCUUUCCUCGGAAUAAAGUACAUCAAGGAUACCGAAUUCCUUCGAACCAGAGUGUCACCAGUCGUGGAAGUGGAAUAAAAAUCAGCAACGGAUCAAUUGAUUACUGCAGUUCCGAGCGAGCAUCACCCAUUCCAACGUUUCAAGUACAAGUAUUAGAGCCAGGUCGCAUAUCAACCUCAAACAAACGAACUUCGUUGCAAGACUAUAACGUACGGGGCAAACCUAAUAUUGGCGAACUGCGGUAUGUCCACAUCGAUAAAAGUGAAAUGUCACUUGGUAUUAAAAUAUUUUGCCGCGGCAAUGGAGGUGGAGUGUUCGUCUCUAACGUGGGUGAGAACAGCCUUGCUAGUAAGGUAGGACUCCAUAUUGGUGACCAGCUGCUAGAGGUAUGUGGAAUUAAUUUAAGGAAAGCUACAUAUGAGCUAGCCGCACAUGUUCUUCGCCAAUGUGGCAACUCAAUAACGAUGCUAGUUUUGUACAAUCCAGAGGUUUAUAACAAUCUUACUACAAGUGACGAUAAUAUCGUUCACUCAAGUUCACCAACACCGCAAAAUUCACCUCGCACUAUUGGAAGGUCCAUAAUGUCUCCAGUCAACACGAAUACGGUUAGCUCCAUAUCUACGAUUGCGCCAAAAGCAAUAUCAAACAAUGAUAGCCACCCAUCACAAUUAGUAAGUUCAUCUCAAAGCAAUCAUUACAAAGAACAGCCGAGAUUAAUAUUCAUAGAAACAAGAAAGAGCUCCAAUCUUGGAAUAAGUCUUGUCGGUGGAAAUGCGAACGGAAUUUUUGUUCACGGUGUACAAAAAGAUUCAAUCGCUGAUAACGCUGGACUACGAGUAGGGGAUCAGAUAUUGGAGUUCAAUGGAACGGAUUUGAGAAGAUCCACUGCCGAACAUGCAGCAUUGGAAAUAGCUAAACCUGCCGAUAAUGUAGCUGUACUUAUUCUUUAUAAUAUGCAAAAAUUCAACCUAAUAAAGGAUAAACCCGGCGAUGCAUUAUACAUAAGAGUAGGUUUCGAUAGAAACUGUGAUCUGGGAGAUUCGGAAUUGUCUUUCAACAAGGAUGAAGUACUGUAUGUAGAUAAUACCAUGUUUGGUGGUGUGCCAGGAAGAUGGCGUGCUUGGAAGCUAGACGAGUACGGUCAUAAGCUGCAGUGUGGAAUAAUUCCAAACAAGCUCAAGGUUGAAGAGGAGUUGCGAUUGCUUGGUGAUUUGCAAGAUGUUGAAACAACAACUCGACGGGGUUCCACUUCAGCAAGGCGUUCGUUCUUUAAAAGAAUUAAACCACAAAGAAGCUCUUCAAGAGAUUCGAAAGAGUUGGCUAGUUUUAGCAACACUCAUCUCAGUUUAUAUAUAGAUUCGGGAUCCAUCAACGAUGACGGCUUUACCAGCUAUCAACGAGUAGAGAGACUGGAAUAUAAGUAUCGUCCAGUGCUGAUUGUGGGUCCAUUGUCAGAAUGCGUUAUUGAAAAGCUUUGUAUAGAUUUUCCCGAGCAUUUCCACCGAUCACAGUUAAGUCAAAUGCGCUGCACGAAAGAGGAUAUGGAGAGUGGAAUCCAAAAUAAUGCUAUUGCGGAUUACCGAAGAAGAGGCAGCGUUUUCGAGUACACCACAAUCCAAUCAAUACUUGAUAAUAAGCAACACCAUUACAUUCUGGACGUAUGCAUUUCGGCAGUUGAUCGGUUGCAACGAAAUCAGAUAUAUCCGAUUGUUUUGUUAUUACGAUUCAAGUCAUCGAAGCAGAUUAAAGAAAUUAAAGAUUCUCGCUAUUCUACUGACAAAAUCUCAGCUAAGGCAGCCAAGGAAAUGUAUGAACAUGCGUUGAAGUUAGAAUCAGAUUAUCGACAGUAUAUAUCAGUUGUUAUUUCUGGAGUGAAUAUCGCCCAUAUGUGUACGCAGAUAAAGGCUGCUGUGGACAGUGAGCAAAAAAAAAUCUUAUGGGUACCAGUUGCAUCAAUGCUUUAGAAUUAUUUCCGUGAAUAUAAUCAGUAUUUAAAAAGAUAUUUAAAGAAAUUC